GACGCCAGCUCCUUCGGACCGCUGAUCUGAGGCGAAUGUAAAUAUUAGACGAGUGUCUUCGAAUCACACAAAGGCAGAGCACAACACUCCGGUGCCGGUCUACGGUUUCGCGUGGCGCGAUUUGUAUGACUAGCAGAUGAAAGCAAAACAUCAAAUCACCUUCUCGGGUUGACUCGGAUCUCGGAUGCUCAACCCCCUGUGACGAAACCCGUGGCAAGUGACAGAUUGUCCGUCGAGUGUUUUGCGAGGCGCGCGAUACAAGAUCCAAGUCCACGACCGGCAGUUGAGACUUUGAAGGAGACAUACACGAAAGUCUUCGAUUGGAGACGUUCACAGAUCCGGAACCCGACCCCGGGAAGAAAAAAGCGAAACAACCAUAACGUCUCAAGGCGCGUCGUGCAAAAAGUUAAAUAUUAAAAGUGACGGUUGCGACUGCGCACAGCGUUUAGCUUCUUCAGAAUCACGUGCACCGACGAAACGUCGCUUUUGAAGUGGACGGAGGUCGUGAGAACGUCGAGCAGAAGGCAAACUCCAUUUCCACUCCUUGCCGAACCGAAACUCGCCAACCGUUCGACAUGUCGUCCCGAUCGAAGGAGAAAGUAACGGCCGCCAUCCGGAAGUUCUUCAAGAGCUCGGAAAGCAAAAAGGAAAGCAAAGACAAGGACACGCCGGCUCCCGAAGCAGCCGACGCAGGCAGCCUCCUGCAUCUGGCCCCGCACCAUCACCACCACCACCACCACAACAGUCACCACCAUCACCAGCACCAUCACCUGCACCACCAUCAUCCGGCACCUCCGUCCAGUGUGGCGCCGCUUGCUGGCGCUCCUCCCGGAAGCACUGACAAGGGUGGCCCGAGCGGGGCCGGCACUGGGGCGACGGGAACGAACACUGGCGGCAACGGCAGCACCGGAAACAGUAAAGCCAACACGGACAGCCCCAUGAGGCGGUUGCGAUGUGUGGUAGCCCCAAGCAGCACUGCCAUGGUGCCCGUUCCUGUGACGAAACCACUCGAUACGACGAUCCGCUCGAGGCGGUUGAUGAAGGAGCUGAAGGAGAUCGAACGGUUGCAGCACUCGCGGGCGGAACCCUACUUCACGGUCGAGCUGAUCAACGACAACCUGUACGAGUGGCACGCGCGGCUCCUUCGCAUCGACCCGGACUCGCCGCUGGCCGAGGAUCUGGUCGAGCUGAACAUUCCCUUCAUCCUGCUGCACCUGGUGUUCCCGGAGAACUUCCCGUUCGCGCCCCCGUUCAUGCGGGUCGUCGAGCCGCGCAUCGAGAAGGGCUUCGUGAUGGAGGGCGGUGCCAUCUGUAUGGAGCUGCUGACACCACGGGGCUGGGCCAGCGCCUACACGGUCGAGGCGAUCCUGAUGCAGUUCGCGGCCAGCCUCGUCAAGGGUCAGGGUCGGGUGUCGCGAAAACCAAAGUCCUCGAAGGAUUUCAGUCGCCGAUCCGCCGAAGAAGCCUUCCGGUCGCUGGUGAAAACUCACGAAAAGUACGGCUGGGUAACGCCGGCCCUCAACGACGGCUAAACGUCGGUGGCCACUCCGGUCGAACGCCACUUUAGUUAGUCCCAAAAAAUGACCUCGUAACUUGAAAGCGCAGCGAAGAAGCGGAAACAUCGAUCCAACCAUUCGAAUUCAUCGUGCUGCGUGCUCCAUUCGUGCAUAUUUUCACAACGUCUAGAAGCGAGAGUGCUGCUUCACUCACAAUAGUGUACCAAUUUUCCCUCCAACGAUCUCGUUGCCUCCUCGUUAGUAAUCGGCUUUAGUAAAAAGGGAACGCAUCGUCAAGAACGAUGACGACGGCCAAGUGAACCGGAACGGAGAAACGCAACCCCCGUAAGGUCGGUAGUUAAGUUUCAGAGCUUUGAUCGGUUAGUAUGUAGUGGAGGUAGUGGUCUUACAAAAAAGGCUGCCGGAUGAAAAGCGCCUGAUGACCCAAAUGGCGGGGCAAAAGCGAAAACGUCUGUCAAAGAACCGCGCGACCGGAUUAGAUCGUUUAUUUUUCAGAACAGCAAAACUAAGUUACACAAUUCGCUUGUCGAACGGCGGCAGGAUGCUAAGAGUAAAACGAAAUAGUUUAAAGGAAGUAGUCCAAUCCAGGCACCAAGUGAUCACGGUCAAUCACGCAAGUCAGUGUUAAUAAAACAGGGAGAGUACCUAUUUAAACGGCACGCAGGCAGCGUAGCAGAAACGAAUUGAAGAAUCAGAUAUUAGUCCCAAGAAGAAACAAAAAAAAAAUCGGUAAAAAUGCUCAACCUUUGCUUUGUGAUGGAAA